GACGUUGUUCUUCAGUCAGGGUGAAUCCCCCCGAAGGACCAUUUCUAAUUAAUAACUUUUGCUUCGAUUUGGUUAUCCCGUAGUUCUUUUGGACAAUAUCUUGCGACUUCUCGCAGGAAACCAAACAAGAACAAUUAUCUUGAGUCUUGCUGCAGAGUGCGUGUGUGUAAAUUGUAAAUUUCUUCUCGAAAUCGACCAUUGGGAGUGGUUUCGAACGGAAAUAACGUGGAGGCCAUCUUGCUGGGAAGGGACAUUUAUGUGCUCUGCCAUUUUUGUUGCGUCGACGUCAAGUACGGCCAGGGGCCUUUGGUCAUAACCAGUUCUCGAGUUUCUUUGUGUCAGGAUAGUGUUAGGCGGUCGUGAAUUUCUUCGAGCUUGCACCCAAACGACUUUUAUUCGCCUUUCUUAUAUUGUGAGAGGAAGAGGAAGGAAGGGUUCAUUGAGUUUCGACGAGUUGCAAGUCAAAGCGUGUUUCUGCGACAAGGCUACGAAAACUACGCACCGAGGCGGAGUAAUAUGAGUAAUGCAGCCAACCAGAAUGGAUCAGGUCUAGAGCAGCAAUUAGCUGGUCUGGACUUGCAGGGCUCCCGCCAAGGAAGUGGGGGUCGUUACGUACCACCGCAUCUACGUAAUAAAUCUGGUCCAAUAGAUAACUCGCCACCAAGUGACGAUCAGCCUUCCAACAACGGAAGACCGGCGUACGGUGGUGAUCGGGGUGGAGACAGAGGUAGAGGCAGCGGUGGUGGUGGUGGUGGUGGUGGUGGCUACCGAGACUCUCGUAAUAGUCGAGACGUUGAUUUCGGGAAUUUUGGAGGGCGCAAUCGGCGCGGUGGCGGUAGCGCUCAGGAGAAUGGCAGGGAUUACCGUUAUCCGGAGGGUCAACAGCGCGGUGGUGGCGGAGGUGGUACCGAGCAGCAGCAGCGCCCUCCCAGUACCGGAGGAAAUGACCGUUGGCAGGAACAGUCUCGAAAUGAUCGCUGGCAGGAUAACAGGAACGACAGCCGAAUGGGCGGCUCUGGAGGCGGCAGCAGGUGGAACGGCGACAGAGAGGGUGGCGGGGGCGGCGGAAAAGGCGGACGAAAUGAUGUCGAUUGGACGGUGCCAACCGCACGUGACGAGCGACAGGAGUUGGAAUUGUUCGGUACUGGCAAUACUGGUAUCAACUUUAGUAAAUAUGAGGAUAUCCCGGUUGACGCCACUGGGGAUAACAUACCACCACACAUCUCAUCCUUUGAGGAGGUCAAGCUGACCGAGAUAAUAAGAAACAGUAUUAGCCUAGCUGGAUAUGAUAUGCCUACGCCAGUCCAGAAGUACGCGAUACCAAUAAUUAUAGGGCGUCGCGACGUGAUGGCAUGCGCCCAGACCGGAUCUGGUAAAACGGCGGCCUUUCUAGUGCCAAUUUUGAAUCAGAUUUACGAGGCCGGACAGCCUCCAAUCCCGGCCUCUUCCGGACGUCGCAAGCAGUUCCCCCUCGGUCUCGUCCUCGCCCCCACUAGAGAAUUAGCCACACAAAUUUAUGACGAGGCGCGCAAAUUCGCCUACAGAUCGCGCAUGCGUCCUGCCGUUGUCUACGGUGGCGCCAACAUUGCCGAUCAGAUGCGCGAACUGGAUCGCGGCUGUCAUCUCCUCGUCGCCACGCCCGGUCGUCUCGUCGACAUGCUCACGCGUGGCAAGAUUGGUCUACAGAAUUGCCGAUAUUUGGUGCUCGACGAAGCAGAUCGUAUGCUGGACAUGGGUUUCGAGCCCCAGAUCCGACGCAUUGUCGAAGAGGACAACAUGCCGCCGACCGGAGAGAGACAGACACUCAUGUUCUCCGCGACUUUCCCGAAGGAGAUUCAGAUGUUGGCCCGGGAUUUCCUGAGCAACUAUAUUUUCUUGGCCGUCGGUCGUGUCGGGUCGACUUCCGAGAAUAUCACCCAGAAGAUUGUCUGGGUCGAGGACCACGACAAGCGCUCCUAUUUGCUUGAUUUGCUCCAAGCUAGCAAUAGUCAAGAACCCUCUGCCGAGGCUUUGACGCUGGUGUUUGUGGAGACGAAGAAGGGCGCGGACAUGCUGGAAGAGUUCCUGUACCAGAUGGGCUACCCGGUGACGAGCAUUCACGGGGACAGAACGCAGCGCGAGCGAGAGGACGCGUUGCGUCGAUUCCGCGCUGGGAAAACGCCAAUUCUGGUUGCGACUGCGGUCGCCGCUCGUGGACUCGAUAUUCCGCACGUCACGCACGUCAUUAAUUUUGACCUUCCUGGCGAUGUCGAGGAGUACGUACAUCGGAUCGGUCGUACUGGCCGUAUGGGAAAUUUAGGUUUAGCAACGUCGUUCUUCAAUAGCAAGAAUCACAAUUUGGUGCGCGACCUGUUGUCGCUGCUGAGCGAGGCGAACCAAGAGUUGCCGGCGUGGCUGAGCAACAUGAGCUCCGAGGCGAGACAAACUGGGGGAACCUCGCGGCGGCCCGGAGGCGCCAAGAGUGGUCGCUUCGCCAGUAGCUUUGGCGCCCGAGAUUAUCGUCAAACGGGUGCUGGCGGCGGACCUCCCCGGAGUAGUGGCCCUUCCGGCAGGCCCGGUAGUUAUGGAGGUGGUUAUGGAGGCGGUUACGGUGGUAACUAUAACAGCUCGUACAAUAAUUCUGGAAACAAUGGCAGCAGCAAUGGUCCUGACUGGUGGGACAAGUAAAGCGUCGUCGUCGUCGUUUGACAUCAAAAGACAACACCCCGCUGCGCAACUAUUACUACUACUAUCAUUAUUACUAUUCUACAAGAAAAUUCAAUUAUAUCUAAGAAAGACACAAAAACAGUGCACACAACGGUACGUAUACAUUAUGAACGAACUACACGAAACAGUCAUCUGAUAGCAAACAAACACUUUUACUUCACCGACUCUACGCAUUACUUCAAAUCCUUUUUUGGCAAAUGAGGAAGCUGCUUGCCUUGCUAGCUUGCUUGAAACUGCUCAUUUCAAACCAAUUUUAGAAAUCAAAAAAAAAAAAAAAAAAAGAAAGAAAGAAAGAAAAGAAAAACCGUUUUGUUCCUUUGAUUUGGAAAAUGUUGUUGCUGUUGUUGUUGUUGCUGUUGUUGUCGGAAGUAAAACGAGGGAUCGCUGGGAUCUUGUGGACUUUGAACCUCGGAUUGGAUUCCGCGACUUGUGCCGGUGAAAAAACCACACACGUAGAGUAAAUAAUUCAUCGUUAAUGAAAUGAAAUUCGACCGUUACUGUUUCGGUAAUGAGUAACAACACACAUAAACAAACACAAAUACACACACAGUAGGUGGAUAUUUAGUAAAAAAAAAUUUUUAGAACUCCUGUCGGGAUAAUUAAUAAUUGGGUUCGUUGUGACUUUCUUAAUUAAAAUAUUAUUAGCGAUGUUUGGUGAGCGUCCUUCAUGGCACUGUGUGGCGGCUGCUGCUGCUGCAUUCCACUUUUCAUAUUUUCCAUAUUUUCACAGUUCCGACCCGAGAGUGACUCUUGAACAUUAAUUAAUUUAAUAAUGACAACCAAACAACUGAUGUUCUCCUAAACGAGGAGGACAGACGGACAGGCAGACAGACAGACGCCAUACGCAUUUAAAGCACGCAAACUACCAUCGCAUAAGGAAUUUCUAUUAAUCUCUUCUUUCUUGAAUUUAUAAUUCAACGACGAAUGGUACUUUGUUCUUUUGCCGUCCCCAGAGUCAAAGUGGCGGCGCCGCCCAACGUUUGACAAUUCUACCUGGGAAAGCCACGCAACAGUUCGAUCAAAAUGCUCGAAAGUCGCGAACAGAAAAUGAGAAAACGUCUGAACUUUUAGAAAUUAUUAUUGAUUUGUUUCCUUCUUCUAGAAGAGAGAAAGUACGCGAAGGAGAAUUCUGGAGAAAAAGGAGGAGGAGUUUUGAAUGUAAAUUCGGACCUCAGCGACAUCGGGACCGUUUCUCAAAGUCGUUGAUGUCCGCGCUUAUUUCCUGUGUCUUUUAAAGUUUGGCCUGGACACGAACGACUCGAGUUGUCCAACCGUGUCGAUGUCGGUAAGGUAGGAAUUAUAUGAAAUUGUGUGAUUUCUAAGAGUAGGAGGACGUUUAAAGAGUAGUUGGACUGAUAAUUUAUACUGCGGUGAUUUAGAGAAGACAGAAUCUGUGGGGAUGUGAUGAUAUCAUAGAGAGGGAUUUAUAAGGUUGCAGUUACAGGAGAAAAAAAGAAACCGACAAGGGAAAAGUAGUGCUCGGUCGAUGGAUUCUCUCGAACCGUCUGAAAAUUCGAGCCCUUCAGCCGAUCAGGCACCAAUGCGCAUUCGUAUGAUAAUUUUAUAAACUAUUUAUCAGUACAAUACGCUAUAUAUAUAUAUAUUAUAAAUAAAACCUAUUAAGUAAUAUUCAUAAAUACAUAAUAACGUUUAAAGUAAUUAAAGAAAAACAAACGACUGUGAUAUCGAACGAUCUUGUGACAUUCAAUUUCCACGUGAAUUGAUAAACGAAUGAUUAUUAACAAAAUACAAAUAUUAAAUUAAUUAAUUUAUAUCGGUAUUGAAUGUCGAGAAGUUGGCUCGCACUUCUGGUAGAGCUAAUAAAGAGAGAAGAAAUAUUAAGUCGUUGCGAUAAAUACAAGAAGAACAAAGUAAACUGGCUGUUGUCCGAUCGGGGAGGGCUGAACAGAAAUAAUCCAGUCCUGGAAAUGAUGAUAUUUUUCGGACAUUUCUACUUAAGAACGAAAACGAGGAGGCUCAUUAUUGAUGAUGAUAGUGGGCUGCUGCUUUAUUGGGCAGGGGGGGGGGGAUUGUCGAUUUCCUUUGUAAAAGCGUGUUCUUGUGUAAUUUACGCGGGGGAAAAAAAUAAACAAAAAGUACAAAUUCGAUUUGCGUGACAACUGACAGGAACGACUUUUACGCGUGUCACAACUUAUACCUAUUAUAUUAAUAGAUUUAUAGUGCAAUCGCAUGCGUGAGACGUGGAAUAAUGUGUGUGCCCAGUGGACCAAGCUGUGUAAAUGCCACUCUCGAAGGAGAUAAAAUUAUUUCGACUCGCGUUGCGAAUAAUAAAUCGUUAACUUCCGGCAAAGGGUGUGUGACAUUAUCAAUUUAUCCGUAUCGAGAUAUCAUUAACGUCCAAGGUGAAAAAAAGAAGAAAAGAAAUUGUGUUCGAAGGGGGAGAAUUGUGGGACUUUUUUUGUACGCAAAAUCUGUCCCCUCUUUGGUGCAGAGACGAGAUUUUUUAUGACAACGGCAUAAUUUCAGAUGUCAUAUGUGGGAUGAAAAGUAGUACUGUUUGCCCUCUGUGGAGUUGAAAUUACAUUUUACCCUUUGUGGAGUGAAAAGUGAUUUUGACCCUAGAGAGUAACAAGUAAAAUUCCAGCCCAUAUUGAUAGGCACGAAAAAUAUGUGAAAUUAUAUGCAGGGGUCAUACAAACUUUAUCAUUCAAUUGGGAAUGAUUACACUGCGAUAUGCCAUCUGGUGACAGAAAUUCCAACCGGAAAGAAUAUUUGUGCAUACAAUUGUUUUAUCGGUUUUUUUGGUGGAGUUUAUAGUAUUUAUUGGACGAUAAAAAUAAGUUUUUAUUAGAAAUAGAAGCUUUUAAAUGGAAUUUACAUAUUAUAGAGUGAAAAAAAUUAGUAUUUAAAUUCCAAUCGUCUAUUAUACGUAUUCUUUGCGUAAUCUGAAUAACAUUUGUCGCUAAAUACCAUAAAUUGAAGUUAUUUAAGCCUAAAAUGCAUUGAAACUUACAUGAAAGAGUGAAUUAAUUUUCUUUUUUUUCAAACCUAUUUGACAAAAAUGUGUUUUUUCACUCUACAAGAUGGAAAUAUCUAAAACUAUUUGUUCAACUAUUGUUUUAUACUUUACAAAACAAUCGUAAAAACACUUUUUGCAAAAAUCGAGAUACAUCUUCAAAAUUGCACCUACUUUUUCUAGUUUCAGCUUUUGGCACCAGGUGGCGAAAUGGUAGACUACCAUUCCCAACAGCGACUCAUUUAGUUGAAAUAUAUAUUUUUUUAAUAAUAGGUUUUGGCAAAAGUUUACUUCAGUCGAACGUAAGCUUUUUCAAAUUUCACAAACGUAUAGAGUUUUUCAUCCUAGUUUUUCUUUUCAUUACAAUAAAUUUAUCGACUAUUAUUUAACUGAAUUUCCCUAGUAUUUGAAUUUUUAGCGAGGAUAAAUUGGAGUGUAAAUGUGGCAAUAAAAAGACUUUGAGUUGGUCCUUUGGAAAAGCGUGCAUGCCUCUAGUCCAAAGGCCGAUGGCUCUAUUGUUGAUACUUUUUUUUUUUUGUCGCAAAGUAUCAUUCUGUUUGUUUGUGUAACAUUCUUUUUACGUGAAACAGGAUGAAACGUUAGUGUAUAAACAUUUUUGGGACACGUGCUGUUGUACGUAUUUUACUCAGCCCCUCGUCGUGUUCAGCCUUGAAUUAUUUUAAUUUGUGAUGGAAAACUGACUGAAAACUUAUUGUACUCGCUUCUCGAAAUGUGGCGUGAAUUUGCGAUUUUCUUGUUGUGCCGCUCAAUUAGAAUUUCGAGACUACUCUUUCUCUUUUGCAGAAUCUAAUAAAAUAAAAUUAUAUAAUUGUUAUUUCAAAAUUUAGGAACAAAUUGAUCGAGAAGCGGUUUAUUGUCGGCUCUCCAUCAGACUGCAAUGUAAAUUAAAUAAAAACGCGAUUUAGACUGUUGAAACGGUAAAAAAUUGAAACUUUUUAAAUGAAUUUAUUUAUUAAUGCCUUUUAUUUAUAUUGUACGUGUUUUUUUUUAGUUUUUUUUCGUUUAUAUAUAAAAGAUAAAGACAAGGUAUUUGAAAAAUACCCGUUGCGUCACGUUUAGUCCUCUGAGAGAUAUCGGACGAGCAGCCUUACGAAACAUUUGCUAAAACAAAAAGGGUAGGGUGGGAUACAGCAAGAGAAACGUUUAGCAAAAGUGACACAUAAUAGUUGGGAUUAUGAAUAUUAAUUAUUAUUAUCAUCCUAUAAUAUUACUUGUAUAGAAUAACGAUGUUGACUGUGACUGCAAUCAUUACAGAGGGAGUUAAUUAUUACACAGAUGCACUAAUACAUUAAACACAAACACGAGCAGAGACAAACAGAGAGAGACUUCUUGUGGAGCGCAACUAGGAAAAUAAAUAGGUAAUAAAUCCCAAGUAUUUGAGUUUGCGAUGAGCAAAUAUUAUUUGUACACACAAAAACACACACACACAGACAUCGUUUGCAACGAGAGAGGUUCACUAUUUUUUUUCUGGACGUAGGAAAGGAAGGGUUCCGUUAUUGAAGAAAGAGAGAGAGAGAGCACCGAGAAUUAAUCCGAAUUGUUCGUGGUCUUGAAUUCUCGAGUGAAAAGUACUUUUUACCCCUCCAAUUUGGAGUGAAAAGUGCUUGUAACUCUAUAUGGAGUGGAAAGUACAUUGUACCAUAUGUGGAGUGAAAGUACUUCUUUAAAAUAUAUAUAUAGAGACAUAUGUGUGUGGAGUGAGAAGCACUUUUUUAAAAAUCUCUACCGAGUGAAAAGUGUUUCUUCUUUCCUUGCCCUGUGUGUAAGGAGGGGGAGGGGGGUGGGAGUGUUUAUAAAAACUCUUGCUCUCUGGAGAGUGUAAAAGCACUCUUUUCACUCUCUAGGGAAUAAAAAGUAGAGGUGACCAUGUGCCCAGAAGAGUCGAGCACAGCGUUGAUCGCGAAUCGCCGAAAUUAAAAGAGAAGCAUAUUGCACAUGACAAAAGACGUGUACAAAAAAAAUAUCUAGGGCCACGCGAAAAACGCACGUUGCAAAAGAGAGUAUAAAGAAAAAAAAA